CUAGAGUGCAUUGUUUGUUUACUCGAUCAGCUGACUUCUCCCCCAGCUGGGUGGUGGGAGUACCCAGGCAAGCUUGUUGUGAGGUUGUAUCCUGGAGAGGCGGUUGGGUGACUGGUGUGAGGAGCCGGCCAGGGGGCAGCACACGCUAGUCACGUGGGUGACAAGACGACACCUCCCGUCGUCUCCUACACGACAGCUGAUGCUUCAUCUCUCCAAGGUUGUGCUGCUAGUGUGAGAGAAAUGGAAAACCUGACCAGAGAAGAAUUACUUGAAGAGCUCAAGAAAAAGGAAAAGGAAAAUGAAUAUCUGAAAUUGCAGCUGGAAAACUAUCAUGAUAAGAGCCUUGAUUUAUUGCAAGCUACACUUGUCAAAGACCUAAAAGAUCAAAAUAUUUCACCAAAGACAGACACUCCUCUUUGUCAUGCAGAAAUUGCCAGAUAUUCUCGUCAAUUAAUUUUACCGGAGUUAGGACCCCAAGGGCAAAGGAAAUUGGGAGCAGCAUCGGCAUUAAUUGUUGGAUGUGGAGGCUUGGGAUGCCCUGCUGCAAUUUACAUGGCAGCUGCAGGGGUUGGACGCAUUGGAUUGUUAGAUUAUGAUGUGGUAGAAGUAAGUAAUCUUCAUAGACAGAUUUCACACACAGAGAGAAGAGUUGGAAUAUCGAAGGCUGUGUCUUUAGCCUUUGCAGUGAAGGAACUGAACGGUCACGUAGAGGUCAUUCCAUACAAUAUAGCUCUCACAAGUGAUACAGCUAUACAAGUUAUCAGUAAGUAUGAUCUUGUAUUAGACUGUACAGAUAAUGUUGCUACCCGCUACUUAUUGAACGAUGCUUGUGUUAUGACAAAUAAACCAUUAAUCUCUGGGGCAGCUCUAAGGUAUGAAGGUCAGCUGACAGUUUAUCACUUUGAAGGGGGCCCUUGCUAUCGCUGUAUCCACCCAAAGCCUCCUCUGCCUGAAACUGUCACCAACUGUUCUGAUGGAGGUGUUUUAGGUGUUAUACCCGGAGUGAUAGGUUGCAUGCAAGCUCUAGAAGCAAUCAAAAUAAUCAGUAGGUUAGGGUCAUCUUUAUCUCAGAGAUUAUUGCUUUUUGAUGGAAUGCAAGGAUCUUUCCGCACUGUCAAACUGAGAGGUAAUAGAAGUUCGUGUGAGGUUUGUGGGGAAAAUCCCAGCAUUCUCAAACUUAUAGACUAUGAACAGUUUUGUGGCGCAGCAGCUACUGACAAAGACAAAAAUAUGACACUUCUGGAAAAGGAUGAAAGAUUGACCGUUGAGGAAUUCAAGACCAUUUUAGAAGCAAAGUCUCCUCACGUACUUAUUGAUGUACGACUUCCAGUCGAGUUAGAGAUUUGUGCCCUUCCUAACUGUAUAAAUAUUCCCCUGAAGCAGCUUAGUAGUGAAAAAAAUAUUGCUGUCAUUGAAGAGCACUUACACGGUUUGGACACAAAGGCAAUCUACUGUGUUUGCCGACGGGGAAAUGACUCUCAGUUAGCAGUUCAACAGCUGCAAUCAGUCUUUACUCAACAAGAAUACCAGAUUAAGGAUAUAAUAGGUGGGUUGACAGCAUGGGCACACAAAAUAGAUCCUACUUUCCCAGUAUAUUAAUAAGACAUCAUUAAUUGUUUGCCUCACAGCAAAACUCCAUUACUGAUAUUGAAUUUGAAGAGUUCUUGCUGAACUCUUCAUAACUUGGGAACCUAAAUAAGCAUUUAUUGAAGGUUAUGUUAAUUGGGAAAGGACCAAUGCACAAAGUAGAUUUUUUGUCAAGUUACGGUACAAAUAUUCUGUACAGCAUAUAAAAGAGACUGAUAGGGAGUUGCAUUGAGUUACCUUAUAGGUUGUCACUAUAGCUCAUUGUUGCUGAGUGUUUCCAUUUCAUAUUUAAAAAGUUAUCCACUUUAGCAGCAUUUAGAUGUACAAAAUAAUUUGCUAUAAUUGAUAUACUGUACAAUAGUGUUUGUUUACUAAUCCUGCAAAAGUUUUUUUCUGUGGCCAGUAAUUAAGUGUUGAAAAGUAUAAGAUUAAUAUAGAUUAUUUAAUUAACAUUAGUAUUAAUAGUUUCAAUUUAUAAAAGUUUUUUUAGUUGAGCCUAAGAUGUAAUUAUACAUCUUUGUAUUAACAAAAAUAUUAACUUUAGUCACACCCACUGUGCCACAUUCCAUUGCAAUUAUUACAGUACUAGAUAUUUUUUGUAUUUUAUAGUUUUGUCAUGCCAUUUUAAUUAAGUUACAGUAUAAUUCACUCAAGGUUUUGGUGUGAUGUCUUGAGAAUGCCUCAUUAUAUUAGCUAAUACAUUUACAUAAAUUGUGCAUAAUCAUAAUAUUAAAUCUUUUAUUGAAACUGGGUAUUUUAGGGUAAUUAUGACUUCAGUCAUAAUUGAAUAGAAAGCUAAUAGGUUUUCUAUCAGAUAUAAGACUGCUUCCUUGAAGCAAUUUUAUCUGGAAAAAAUUACCCCCAAGAACUCUGAUUCCUCUGAAAAGCAGAUGUAGCCCAUCUAAGGGAAAAGAUAAGAGUUGAGAUAGAAAAUUCCCAAAUGAGAAAGGUGAGGAUAAUGGACAAAAAAUUGCAGGACUUUACAAGGCAUAUGAGUUAUAGGGCUGUACUGAGAAUAUUCUCCGUGACCUGUUACCAGUUAGAUAUUUCCAGGAUCAUUGUCCCUAUGACCUAGCCUCUGAUCAGGCCUCCGGGUUGCUGGUCUAAUGAACCAGGCUGUUUGAUGUAGCUACUCACAGCCUGAUGUACAAGUCACAGCCUGGUUGAUUAGGCAUCCUUUGAAGGUGCUGGUCAAGUUCUCUUUUGAAUGCUGUGAGGGGUAUGCCAGUUAUGCUCCGUAUGUGAAAGAAAAGUGUUGAAAAAUCUUUGGCUUUUUAUGAUGGGGUAUAGGUGAUAGGAAUAUGAUAAUAAAAUGGCUGCACAUGUGAAUAGAGCAGUUUGAUACCUAAAAUAUAAGGUAGGAAGUGAAAGUUACAAGAUGGGCUGAGAAAGGUUAUAAAAGGAAUAUAACCUUUAUGAAGCCAGGGAACAAGAAUUAGAGUUUAUAAGAGACAAGGAAGAAAAUGGGAGAAAUAAACCAAUAGGAGGGUGAAAUGGGGAUACCAUUUAUAGAAGCUUUUAAAAACCUAGUGUGAGAAAACAAGUCAUGUUAAAAAGCUGUGAGGAGAAUGUAUAGCUCACUGCAAUAAGGAUGCUGAAGACGAUAAUUAUGUUACGGUUACAAGAGCUGUAGAUGGAUAGAUUAAAAAGAACUUGUAGCUAAUAAUGGCAAGCGAGAUGACCCAAGAGGGCGAGACAUACUGUACACUUAGUUAAGAUGACGUGUACAUUACAGCGGGCAACAGGUCACAUACUAGCAGAACCAGAAUUAAGUUGAUGGGUGCAAAUUGAUAUAGGGAAGUAUACCUAAAAAAAAAAAGCAUGUUUUUGGACGAGAGAAGAAAAAAGUAAAGUGUAGAGAUAAGAUCCUAAAAUCGGCAAACAGACCCUUACCUCGACUACCCAACAGGAGCCCCAAACACAACAGUAGUAAUGAGCCAUGUGUGGAGUGAUGUGGACAAAUAUGGACAUUAUCACAGACUAAAUCAGGAAUUCCUAGAUGCAGAAGCUGCAGCCUCUCAACAUUGUAGUAACAGCAAGAAAACUUAGAAAUAACAAUGGAUGCAGUGUAUGUAAAGGACUAUCAAGUGAUCAGGGAAGUUUGUGGCAUUUGGCAUUACUGUUACAAGAAAAGGCACAGUACACUAGAGUUUGAAGAAACAUCUAUGUCAAAGCUGGCCCCAACCCACAAAAUUACAUCAGGUAUGUUAAAAUUAGAGAACCAAAGGUUAGUGUUUGUCGUCAUAUAUAUACUACUAGCCAAGCAAGCAGCAGGAGGCCCAGACAAGAAUAAAACCAGUCUGAAGGUCAAAGACAGCAACAGUAGAACGAAAGCAAAGUUUCAAAUCCUUGGUGAAUAUCACAAGGAAGUAACUGGACAAUAACACAUGGAGACCAUAACUGGUGGACACUAGACAGACACAAUACAGCACUUCCUAAUGCAGGCAACAAGGGAUAGAUGCAGUACAGUACUUCGUAAUGUAACUAUCAAGGGAGAAGAUGAACUAGCCUUGCUGGAUUAAAUUUUCACCCAAAGUGAAUGACAGAUUUCUUGAGAAUAGAACACGAUUCACCACUUGGAAUCGGUGAUCAUUAUCAUGUUUAAUGGAGCUGAAGAACAAGUUGAAUAGUGAGUCCAGAAGAAUUACAGGAGGGCACACUAUGUAAGGAUGAAGAAUUUCCACAAGACCAUCCAGUGGAUGAGGUGGGUUGUGAUUUUAUUCAUAAGAGGAGAGUAGCACUUGUUUAUUCACUAGAGAAGUGAUUGUAGGUAGAAUGGUGAAUUUUUAGGCUUAAUACUGUAUUAUACAUGUUACAACAAGUAUCUUGAUGCAAGAGCACUUUUUACUAUACAAGAAAAUAAUUGAUAAAAGAAUAAUCCUUUGUACUAUUUCCCUGAUGCAAGCUCUUUAUCUGCAUUACUAUCAGCAAUAAAUAAUAUAAUUGCACAAUGAACACUAAAUUUUAUAUUUGUCAUAUCUUAAUAUCCUUAAAUGCAAUUUCUUGUAUUAUUCAGCAGUUUAAAAAAAUAUGAAGGGAACGUAAAAAUGCAUGUAAUAACAUAAAAUGGGUAACCUUUAUUUAACUUUUUAUACAGUGUAAGAUGCAACAUAUGAGUAUAAAAAACUGCAUCUGCUAAUACAAUACAUGAUUUAUGUAUUACAUUAUAAAAAGUACAAUUAAUUAUUUGAAAUUUAAAGAAAUAUAAAUUAAUUUGGAAUUGAAAUACAAAACUGGCUUUUCAGGAAUCUGACAUAACUAUAAAUUACAUUAACCAUUUUCUUCUUUUCUAACUUUAAGAAUUUUUGAUGUAUGGUUUGCAGACAUGUUUGCAUACAUGCCAGUUCUUAUAAGGAAAGGAAUUUGUUUUCCCAUUAGGUAAACUUUGUUCACUUGUUCAGACAUGCCAAUGUUGUCUGCAGUAAACCCUUCGGAUUUAGAUGUUAAUUUAUUAACUUCAGAGAUGUGAGCUGCAAAUAUAUACCCUGUCAUGAAAGCAUCAAACCCAGCCCUAUGUCCACUAGCACUCUGCUUCCCAUUUACUUUAGGGUCAGCAGUACUCUCUGUAGCAGCUACAUCAAGUACAAUUUUCUUUUCAGUUUUCUUUUCAAUUUUGUUUCCAUUAAUUUCACGAGAGACUUUGCACUUUUUUGUUGGAGUGUCAGUAACGUCUAAAGUGUCUCCAUUCUCUGUCUCUAAAAGUUCUUUCUUCGCCGCUUCCUCAAUGAUACGAACAAGUGAUCCCGAUUUAGGUCCACUAUAUUUUGAAGUGCCACGUUUUUUUGCUCCCUUAGGUUGGAGAAUUUUCACAAUCUUGUUUAUGUCAUGACUCAUGGUACACUUGUCAUUCCUUGAGCACCAGCCAUGGAACUGAAACAAAAAAGUAUGAUGAAAACCCCCAAAAUUCAGUAAAUUAAAUUUUUACAAAAAAUACUUUUUCUCAAACUGCCAUUUUGUAAUACAGCAGAAGAGUGCAUGUAAAAUAAUUUUCUCUUGUUUAUAGCCAUUAUUGAUAGCUGGCCCCACUUUCUUCACUUAAUCUUUGGAUUUAUACAGUACCUGGGUUCAGUCCUUGGCAGCUACUUAAACAUGUCUAGCUUGCUUUCUCCUAUAUCUAUGCAGUAUCUGGACAUCCUACAUUGUCUAACACUCAAAAGUAAAGACAGCAAAUUAAAAAAAAAAUAAAAAAUACUACUGUAUCUUGACAAGAAGUGUUCAUAGGUGUACCUGUAUAUGGAGUCAUAAGCAUAAGACUUCAAAUGCUGGAUUUACAGAUACACAAAUACAAUCAAUCCUGUUUACAUUCCUUGGGAAGCAAACUUUUUCAUGCAACAUCAUAUUUAUAAAAUGUGAUUGCAUUACAUAGUGUGUAAUGCAAUCUCACUCUGUAUGUGGCAACAGAUCGCAAUUCAUGAAGCUGUUUAACUUCAUCAAACAUGGUAGUGCAUCAAGGAACAUUGAUGCUGGAAAAAGCAGGUAAAGAGCAUACACAUGCAAAAUUAGAGAAAUGCAGAGUUCCCACUCGGGUCAUUGGACCACAUGCCGGAUGGGUCACCCACGAGGGGCCACUCUUGGAGAUUGGUUGGGUGUUUGGAAUGAAGCGACAGGGAGAAAGAGGUUUUUGCACUGGUGUAGAAGAAUGUAUGAUGAAGUAGGACCCCUUGUUGAUAAAAGGUGGGGGGGGGGAGGCCUUUCCUGCACAUGGGAUGAUGCCCCCUUUCUUGUUCUGGCAGGUGGUAUACCUUGGCUACUAGGUCCAAACUUUUGAAAAAAGGUGAUGUAACCGAAACGACUUCUCAAACAUAGGCUCGUGGGACGGCAACCAGGGUGCCCAGAGUCGAACACUGAUGGAAAAUCAGGCUCCAUAGCCUCAGCUAAGUUGGGCCCAGGCUUCAUCUUUGACUAUCCCAAUUGAUCCUUUUCAUUUCCCCUCCCAUUUAUUGGCAAGGUCGAGCCCCAAGCCCACAAUGGUGACUACCUCAUCACCUGGAGUGGCUCUAUCUCUAGUAGAGACAACUGCAAACUUCACUCCCUCCUUAUUUGGGAACCACAAUUGCACACACACAAUUCCUUUCAACACUGCUAUAUACCAUGAUCUAUUUGGUUCUGCUAUGUGGCCUAAGUAUCUUUACGUUUGUCAUGAUGAACAUUCCUGACCUGAUAAUUUACACAUACAUAGGUAUCCAAAGUAUCAACAAGGUACUUAUGUUACCUUGUCUAUAACAAUUCUAAAAGUGCUAUGUAUUUUUCUGUGGUUUACAUGCAUUUAUGGGCUAUAUCCUCCAUCAUCAUAUUUCUUAUCCUCCCCUGUAGUUCACACACCCACUGAGUUUCCAGUGGGUGUGUCUCACCCUUCUGCAGUCUAGUUUCCAACUAUGGGCCUGUUAUGCAUCCUGUCCAUGAUGUAGUCAAACACUAUGAUAAGAGUGGUCAUUGGCUCCUCAUGUGUUAUUCCUUCAAUAUUCACCUCACUCUGGAUGAGCAUCCAAUUAGUUAACAUUAACAAGAGCCAGCAGUAACGUUCUAGGUCAAGAGAGACAUCUGCAGGAGGCACUAGUCAGACAGAAUGGAGUAUCUAUUGUACUGCUGGCAUGAUUUCAAAACAGCUGAGGUGAUACUUCCAACAGAGUUUAUGCAAUUUGGUUAUGUACCUGUUUCAAACCAUAGAUUUUUUUAUAUAUAGACUAUUCAUGACAAUCUCAUAUACAUCACUGCUAAUUAACCAGACAACUUGUGGCCAAAUGUAUAUUUGGUGAGGAAGUUCACAGAACCUAAACAAUACAUUGAUUAUAAGUCCAAUA